AUGCGAGGAUGGCUGCAGGUCUUUGCAAGGCGAAGAACUGCCCUGAGCAAUCCUUCUGCCUCGAUAUGGUCGGCUUAUAACGCCGUCGCUCCUUUGCGAGCUUUUACGACAACUGCACCCUUUCGCGCCGCGCCGCCUACUCCUCCCAGCAGCCUCGAAACCCGGAUUGCAGCAAUCCCUAUCGAUCGUUAUCGCAACUUUUGCAUCGUGGCUCAUGUUGACCAUGGCAAGAGUACCCUCAGUGACCGCCUUCUCGAGCUGACAGGCACCAUUGAGCCCGGCGCAAACAAGCAGGUCUUGGACAAAUUAGAUGUUGAAAGAGAGCGCGGCAUUACAGUCAAGGCGCAGACAUGUUCCAUGAUCUACAAUUACCAAGGCGAAGAUUACUUGCUCCACCUGGUUGAUACACCUGGCCAUGUGGAUUUCCGAGCCGAAGUCGCACGUAGCUAUGCGAGCUGUGGUGGCGCCAUCUUGCUGGUUGACGCGAGUCAAGGUGUUCAGGCUCAGACGGUUGCAAACUUCUACCUGGCUUUUGCGCAAGGACUAUCUUUGAUUCCAGUCAUCAACAAGGUUGAUCUGCCUCAUGCCGACCCUCCACGAGCAUUGGAACAAAUGCAUGAUACUUUCGAACUGGAUCCUGGAAGCGCUGUUCUAGUGUCUGCAAAGACAGGACUGAAUGUGGAAAGCAUCUUGCCCGCCGUGAUCGAACAGAUCCCUGCGCCGGUCGGCAAUCCCAAGAAGCCAUUGAGACUCUACCUAGUGGAUUCAUGGUAUUCGUCUUACAAGGGCGUUGUUCUAUUGGUGCGAUUGUUUGAUGGUGAGCUUCGUGCAGGAGAUCAAAUCGUCUCUUUUGCCACUGGGUCCAAAUACACCGUGGGAGAGGUCGGCAUCAUGUAUCCUGAUCAGACGCCUCAAAAAGUCAUUCGUGCCGGACAAGUCGGAUAUGUCUACUUCAAUCCGUCCAUGCGCAAAAGUAGCGAAGCCAAAAUUGGUGAUACUUACACGAAGGUCGGACUGCAAAAACAGGUUGAGCCUUUGCCCGGCUUUGAGGAACCUAAGCCCAUGGUCUUUGUUGCAGCUUUUCCGGUCGAUCAAGGUGAAUUUGAACGCCUUGAAGAUAGCAUCAACCAACUUUUGCUCAACGAUCGGAGUGUGACGGUACAAAAGGAGUCGUCACAGGCGCUGGGUGCAGGUUUCCGUCUAGGAUUUCUAGGCACCUUGCACUGCUCCGUAUUUGAAGACCGGCUACGACAAGAACAUGGCACCAGCAUUAUCAUCACACCACCUACCGUCCCCUUCAAGGUUUUUUACAAGAAUGGCAAGGAAGACAUCAUCGCCAAUCCUGCCGAGUUUCCGGACAGUGAAGAAGCACGUCGGGACGUCGCAGAACUGCGUGAACCCUAUGUGCUUGCCACUUUGACAUUCCCUGAAGAGUAUCUUGGAAGGGUCAUGGAGUUGUGCGAAGGCAACCGCGGAGAACAGAAGUCAAUGGAGUACUUCACGUCCUCACAAGUCAUCCUCAAGUACGAGAUGCCACUAGCUCAGCUGGUGGACGACUUCUUCGGCAAAUUGAAAUCGAGCACCAAGGGAUAUGCAACUCUCGAUUAUGAAGAAUCCGAAUGGCGGCCGAGCAACAUUGUCAAGCUCCAAUUGUUGGUAAACAAAGAACCUGUUGAUGCUGUCUCUCGUGUUCUCCAUCAAUCUCAAGUCCGACAUGUGGGCAAACAAUGGGUCGAAAAGUUCAAAGAACAUGUCGACAGACAGAUGUUUGAAAUUGUCAUCCAAGCUGCUGUUGGCAAGCAGAUCAUCGCAAGAGAAACAAUCAAACCCUUUCGAAAAGAUGUGCUCGCCAAGUUGCACGCUGCCGAUAAGACUCGACGGAUGAAGUUGUUGGAGAAACAGAAGGAAGGUCGUAAGAAGCUGAAAGCAGUCGGGAACGUGGUGAUUGAACACUCUGCAUUCCAAGCAUUUCUUGCAAAGUAA